CACAUAAGCUGCUGUCUGCUUUUUAAUGUAUGUGGGGAGGGUGGUGUCAAUGUGUGUGUAUGUGUGUGUUUUACCUGUUGCUGUCACUUAUUUUUAUUUUUGAAAGCGUCACUCUGUCUUUCUUAACCAUGUUUGGUGGAUUUUUGGGGUUUUGAGACUCAGACAUGCCACGUCCAUCAGAAGUCAGGAGGAUAUGCAGACUGACCAACUAGCUUCAGCGGAUUUGACAACAACAGGCAGAACUGGCUCCUGAGUCCUAACCCAGGAAUGGCCCUCACUGGACCAACUGCCAGGGCUCCAGUCUGCUUGCUGCUGGUUCUCUUGUAUCUUCGCACAGUCACAGGAAUGUCAGGCUGGGGUGGAUGUUUGGACGGCCAGAAUGUAUCUGCAGCAAUCAAAGAAAACACAGUUUGGGGAGAGAUUGUUGCUGAGUUAAUGGCUGACACCACAAUGGAGGGAGUGCAGUGGAGCCUAAUUGGAAAGGAUGCACAUUGGUUUUUCUUGGAUGGAAGCAACAUCCGGCUCAACACGUCAGCUGACCGGGUGCUUGACAGAGAGGCACUGGGACCCAUCCUAAUAGCUGAAUUGACAUGUCAUGAGGACGGCAUCCUUCUGAGUGUUUACAGCGUCCUGGUGAAGAUUCUUAAUGAGAAUGAUAAUUCACCUGUGUUUCCAGAAAACACAGUCCAGACUCUUAUUAUCAGUGAGCUGACUGCAGUGAAUACUGUGGUAUUUACUGUCCAGGCCACAGAUGCCGAUAAUGACAACAUCAUUUACUCAAUUGACCAGGCAUCCCCUGAUGCUGAAUAUUUCAAAAUUGAUCUACCAAACAGUGGAGAGGUGGUGCUGGCCAAGCCUCUAGACUAUGAGACCAAAACUGUGCUUACUGUCACCAUCUAUGCCUCAGAAAUGAACACUGCUGAGCACUACAAUAUCAGCACCAGUACCACCAUCACUGUCCAAGAUGGAGAUGACCAAUACCCACAGUUCCUGCCCUGCACGUGGCUUUUCCAGGAGACUAAUCAAAUCUGCACCAGCCCUGUGUACACGGUCAACGUCACUGAGGGGGAAGAGGACAUUUUGUUGGACUUUUCUCCUGGUCCCAUUCAUGCAGUGGAUGGAGACAGAGGACUCAACUCUUCACUGAGUUACACCAUCCUGUCAGGAGAUGAUGAUGAACAUUUCACGAUGGACAGGCUGACAGGUGAGACGAGGCUCACUCGAGGGGUGAGAGACAGGCUCAUAACUCCACUGCUGUGUCUUCAGGUCAUGGCAUAUCAGGAUAACGACCCCAGGAAGUAUUCUGUUGCUACAGUGUUGGUCCGAGUUCUGGCAGCGAACCAGUUUUCUCCAGAGUUUGACAAGCCUGAAUAUCGUGGCUUUGUAGUAGCAGGAAAAAGUCCAGCCUCUCUGGUCGAUACUUACGGUAGCAAAGCACUAGUGCUACAUGUACACGACCAAGAUUUUAACCAAGGUUUCAAUCCAAUGAUCUACUUCACGUUCAAUCCCACAUCCAAUCACACAGACAUCUAUCAAGUCACACAGGAGGGUCUCCUGAUAGCCAAGACCAGCGAACUCAAACCAGAACAGGAAUAUGUUCUGGAGGUUAUGGCUGUAGAUCAGGAAUCAGGUGAUGCCACGUUUGCUACCGUAGUUGUGGAGGUGUUACCUGAAGGGCAACCAAUCCCCUAUGGUCCACUGCGAGGUGAUCACGUGAUCGGCUGCACAGUGGGUAAAGCGUUGUUUCUGAGCAUGGUGUUUAUGACUGCACUUGGAUGUGUCCUGUCUAUACUGAUGUGGCUGAAGAAGAAACAGAAGGGAAAGAGAGGCCCAUUGGAGAGAGGCUGUGUAGCACAAGGCAAACAUCCCAAUGUCAGCUUACGAUGGUUCCAGCUGAUGAGUCAUCAUAAUACUAUGCCACAAACGGAGGAAGUACCCUACAGCAGUGAAGAAUAUGGAACUUACAAUCCUUCCUUCAGCUUUACUGAAAACCCAGGAAUCUACAUCCAACAAGGAUGUACCCCCUGUCAAGAACCGACCCCACCCACAGAUACAGCUGUACCUGACACCAGCUCCAUCCCCACUGAAACUGUAACCUUUGACAAUAAUGUUUCUACACCAACCAACAUAUCUUGCAUUUCGCCCACUUUUACAGCCCCUGCAAAUGUGAGCCCAACAGAUAAAACUCUGGGUGCUGCUCCACCCAACGAAACCCCUGGUAUCCCACCAGAAUCAAACCCGGAGUCUAUUGAGGAACAAUCUAACAUCAGCCCAAGCCCUGAAACCGAUGACGCUGAUACAACUCCACCUGUAACAUGCCCGGAUAUGCAAACAGGCUCCAAUGAUGAUCUUGUUGACCCAACAACUAGCCCCUCCUCUCAAUCCAGUAUUCCAUUCAGUCGUACCCGAAUCGCUUCAGCAGAAAUUGACAAACCCUUUCGUAAAUCUCACGUGAAGACGCCCUCAUAUUCGCCUUUAUUGUCCACAUCCAUCCCCAGGCAGACAAGCACACCCCCACCCACCCCAGAGGAUGUCCCUUUAAAGGCCACAUUGGUACAUAUAGAUACCUCUCCCACUGAGACGCCACCAGAAACACCAGAGCGAACGGCGGUAGCUCUGAGCACAGAGGUGUACCAACCCUCUACGUCACUGGAUGAAAUAGAAUCAGAGCGUCUCGACGGGACAGCAGACAGUAGCAGUCAUCCUGAGGAAAAAAGGGCAUCGACAAACUCGGUAAACACCCAAGAUGACCGCAGGGUGGGGGAGGAUGAUGAUGGUUUUCUGGGAGAUGAAGAUGCAGACAAGAACAGUGAGGGUGAGUUGGAGUCAGACGAAGAAGAGCUGCUGAGAGUGAUGGCUCGUUGUAAUCCCAUUUUUAUCACAUUUAGUAAGUGAUGUCACUAUGAUAUCGCAGGCGGGUGACAGAAGAUGGCGCAGGUAAGACGAAGAUGGAGAAAUCAUGGAGAAACAAAGAAGCACUAAAGGCUGGCUCUGCUGUUCUGAAGGCAUAAAUGAAGACUGGGUGUAUACACAGUGCACUUGAAGGGCCACAUCAAAAAAAGGCCUGCAUGUGUUUGCACUAAUAAGCUACAACAUUAAAACCAAAGUGCAAUGUUCUCCUUGGAAAUCUUGAGUCCUGUUGCUUUGAUGGUGCCACUCACCCAAAUAGUUGCAUAGCUGCAGAUUAAGGAAACCUAUCCAGUGAGAUGGCACUCCCCGGCAGCAUGGCCUCCUUAAGCAGAAUGAUGCUCACAGAGGCUCCCACAAACAUGACAAAGAGGCUAAGUUAAUGACUUGGACUCUUCACAUACUAAUCUUACUGAACAUCCGUGACGUACUGAAGACCUGGAGUCAAUUUUUCUGAAUAAUGUUUCAGUAACACAAGAGGAACCUCCAUGAUAUUUUGACACAUGGUUUGAAAGUUGUAGCUUAUUAGUCUAUAUGUAAAACAACAUGUAACGUGUAACAUGUAGCAUGAAAUACACCAUGCUGAUCCAUUCAUAACACAUACAGUAGUCAUAGUCUAAAUAAGAUAAUAAGGAUACCAUGAAAAUGCAAUACAAAUAAAUAACACACUGUUUUAAAACAAA